CAUAUAUGUAUAUACAUAUAUAUAUACCAAAAGAAAGAAAAUCAAGAGUCACUUAGAAGUGCGUAGGAAUUUUCAUGAAGGAACGCGUGCUGAUUGGUCCUUGAAAGGUAUCAUAAAUAAAAGGGAAUUGGAUCUCGAUAAAAAGAUGAUAUGUAUGUUGGUACGUAACGAGAUAAAUUAUUCGCCAGGUGGCGACUGUGCUGCGACAGUCACCGGGAUCGGGUUGAUCGGGCGGCUUGUGUGCUAGCUUUUAUCGUUUACCACAUGUUGAUUAAUUAAUUAAAAAUAUAUUCUAAGAAAAGAAGAAAUAAUAGGAAAGUACGAUCUCUCUCUCUCUCUUUCUCUCUCUCACAUACACAUUUUUGUAACGUUGUUAAACCGUAGACUCGUGUUGAACAUUUCAUUCCACGCGGAAGGUGGAACCUAGUUACGUCACGCAGCACCAAGAGAAAUAUCGUGUGUCGAGCAGCUCGUGCCUCCCCCGUGAAACAAGAAGGGCCCCAUCAAAUCGGCGCCAGAAAUCCACCAACCACUGACGAGGAAACGUCAACGGCUGGCAGGAUGAAUAGCAAGAGAAAGAAUCGUUCCAAUCCUACUAGGUCACCACGAGCAAGAGGACCACAUGAUAGAUGUGUUGCUGCGGAAGGUGUUUAUAAUAAUGCACACUUUAUGCAUUCUGUCACUAGCCAUGUUGGUAACACGGUGCAGAUACAAACACAAAACGGUUCGGUCUACGAAGGAAUUUUUAGAACUUUCUCGAGUCGUUUUGAUGUGGUUCUAGAGAUGGCUCAUCGGGUAGAAAGUUCCGGGAAAAUUAGUGUUGAAAGUGUAGUAGAAAAAUUGAUUUUUAAACCUCAUGAUAUUAUAACUAUGUCUGCCAAGGAUGUUGAUCUAGACUAUGCCAUAAGAGAUACUUUCCAAACAGACACUGCUAUUAGUAAAUUUAAUGGUAUAGUUGGAGAAAAAGAACUUGAGCCAUGGGAUGCACCGUCUACUAUGAACGGUGAUGAUUUAGAAUUAGAUGGUGGUGCUAAUGGUUGGGAUGUAAAUGAAAUGUUCCGCAAAAAUGAACAAAAAUAUGGAGUUCAAACAACAUUUGAACCAUCAUUAGUUGGUUAUACUUUACAGCUUCAGCGUAAAGAUACAAAAGAUUAUAAAGAACAAGAACAGAAGGCAGCGGAAAUAGCAAAUGAGAUAGAAUCUCAACCAAAUCAUAAAGCACGGUUAGAAUUAGAAAAUGGCGAUGAAGAGGAAAGAUUUGCUUCUGUGGUAAGACCAAACGAAGGUAAAUACGUUCCACCUCCUUUGAAAAAGAAAAAUUGGGAUACUGGGAAAAUAAGAUCUACACCACCACCCUCUUCACCAGGAUCUGCAACUAGCAAGUCUGUUUUUAAUCAAGCACCAUCGCCCAACGUCAGUGUAUCGCCUAACAUCCCAGUUGGUCUUCAAACGACCCAUGGUUCCAUGCCACAUCCAGUACCUCUUAAUAUGGCAAUGCCACCAACUGGAGUAGUUGUACACACUACUUACAACACUCCGCCCCCUUUUGUAUCUCCUACAACACAAGCGUCUUCUGCAGCAAUGCAGCAAACUCAACCACAAUCUCAGGCUGCUCCUACUAUUCCUCAAGUUACUUAUCCUCAGCAGCCGCAACAACAGCAACAACCAUCGCAGCAACAGCAGCACCAACAACAACAACAACAGCAACCACAACAACAACAGCAGCAGCAACAACAACAGCAACAGCAGCCGCAACAACAACAACAACAGGGGCCUUCUAAUAAAAUAAGUACAGAAAAGCGUGAACGUCCUGGCAGACAACAGGUUUUUCAAGCAGAUAAAGCUCCGCCAGCUCCUUUUUCACAGCCAAAUGCCGCAUCUUCGCAUCAAUCACAACAAUCAGGACAUCAACAACAUUCCUCUGUGCAACAGCAGAACUCUACAGAUAUUCAACGUAUUGAAAUAAUUCCACAUAAACCAGAUCAUAGAAAGAUCCCAACGCCAAGGAGUAGAGAAGAACAACACUCAGAACUAAGACAGUUUGCAACAGAUUUCAAAUUAACAGAUUCAACUGCUCAGGAAACAACGUCUGUUUCUCGAAAACAACAGCAGCAUCAUCAUCAGGAAGCUCAUUCUCAGCAACAUCAUCAGCAGAACCACCAACCACAUAAUUCUUCACAACCACAACAACAAUCUCAGCCACAGCAUCAAAGCCCACAUCAGCAGCAUCAAACGGUUCAAGAAGAGUCCGUUGUUACUACCAAACCACCACCGGGACCAUUGCCUGUACGAUCUACGAGCCCGCCUCAAGCUCAACAGCAACAGCAGCAACAACAACAACAGCAGCAGCAGCAGCAGCAACAACAACAGCAGCAGCAACAACAACAACAGCAACAGCAACAACAACAACAGCAACAGCCACAACAGAAUUCUUCAAUCACGCAAUCAAAUGUGCAAGAACCAGCAGUCGAAAAAAUUACUACUGCCUUCAAAAAGUCAACUUUAAAUCCUAAUGCAAAGGAAUUUAAUCCAAACGCCAAGCCGUUUACACCUCGAUCUCCUAGUACACCGACACCUAGUCGUCCACACACGCCACAAACACCACAAUAUACCGGUGCCACUAUGCCUGCAACAGUUGUCAUGCCAGCAUAUGUAAUGACUAGCCAACCACCAACUGCGUUCAGUCAGCCACCAGCACAGCCUGUAACAAGAUUUAGAAAAGUGCCAAUGAUGCAACAUCGAGCGCCAGAUAUAGCUUCUCAAAUGCAAGUAGCUGCAGCAACUGGGCAACCAUUGCUAGCACCAGCUCCAUUACAUCCACCAUUCCAGGUGUCUUAUCCAGGGCAACCAACCUAUCAGCAAAUGGUACGCAUGGUACAGGCGCCACCGCCACCACCACAUAUGUCCACGAACCCUUACCAUCACCAUCAUGAUUCACCAGGCCCGCAAGCUCCUGGCAUACAGUACAUGGGUCCACAUACACACCCGCAUCCACAUGUUCCACAGCAGCCACCAAGCCAAACACCCUCCCCAGCUAAUCCCAAUCCACCACACACGCAGAGUGCAUACAAUCCUCCUGGAACACCACAGCCUACCUAUCCACAACCACCUCCGCAAGGACACGCUCCAAGUUAUCCGAUUAUGUGCCCCAUUAUCCCACCUCACAUACCAAUACCACCGCAACACAUGCAAUAUUUACCCCCUCAACCUCCGCCAGGAGCCCAACAGACUAUACCAGUCAUUCUGCCGCACAAUCAGUAGCCAUUACAAGGAAUAAUUAAUGAAAAAGACGAUUACUAGUAUUCUACGAUGGUAGAAUAAGAUUUGUAAGUCCAAGAAACUUUCAUAAUGGUACUGAACACUUUAAUACGUUGCUAUUGUAAACUUUUUUAGCUACGUCAUCUCUCGUUUUCUUAUAAAAGAAGUUACUUAAACGUGCGAACGAUCAGAAUAUUCUUUUACUUUGUUAAUUCGUCAUAUUAGCACAUAUUGUUCUUUUACCAUAUAUAUAUAUAUAUAUAUAUAUAUAUAUAAAAACGAAUGAAACAAGAUCAUAUCAUAUGCCGUGCUUUCUGCGAUUAUAAUUUAGGAUGUAGAAAAGCAGAUAUUUUAAAAGCGCAUACAAAAAAGAAAAAAGAACAAAAACGCAAAAAGUGUCGACCGUUUUGAAAGUGAUUAAUUUUUUCAAAAUAUGGGUUACUUAAAGAGUAAUACCCAUACAUCCUCUCUCUCCAUAUCUAUAUGUUGUUUAAGAUUUUCGAGCGUGUACCAUCAAUUCCCCUGGUUAUAUUAGGCACAAAUUAAAACAAGAAUAUCUUUUUAUCGAGCCGAAAUAAUUAAUAAUUUUUUCUCAUUAUAAUGUCACACAACAAAAAAAAAAACGGGAAAAAACACAGAAAACAAAAGACAAUGUAACAUACAAUUUGUAUUGUGCCACCAGUGCAGUAGAAUGAAAUAACGAAUACGAAACCUAGAUUAUUUUUUCGGUACAUCAAUCCAUCGCUACAUACUGUUUAGAAUUCUUGUAAUCAGGAAAAAAAAAGAAAGAUUAUCGAUAGGAAAAGUUAUAAUAAGAUGCGAAUAUCGCUAAUAAAACGAUUGAUAAUUUUCUCGCUAAUAAUAACGAAGAAUGAAAAUUUUGAUGCAACGUGUGUUAAUCAAAUUGAAUAGGAUCGACGAUUUAUCUUUGGAAUAUUGUAAAAAUCCAAAGUUGCUGCAUUAAUGCGAAUGGUCGUAUAUGGUUCAAGUAUCUUUUUUUAUACGAAGAAGAAGAAGAAGAAGAAGAAAAAAAAGAAGACGAAAAUAAAAUAAAUUAAAAUAAAAUAAAUGUGUCAAGCAAUUACAUAAAAACACGAAAGUACACGGGAUAUUUUCUUACUUUACGGUACUUUCAUGCUGCGCGAUAUCUCUUCGUAGAACGAAAGAAACACGAAGAGUGUCUUAUAUAUGUAUGAAUAUAAACAUUUUAAGUACAAUCAAUUACACAUUGAAAAAGAGUACCUCGACGACAUCCUCGUCGCAAGAUCUUUAAAAAAAAAAAAAGAAGGAGGAGGCUACAUCUAUAAACAUGUUUGUAAAUGCGUAUGAGACAAAGAAGAAGUAUUUGACGCGUCGUAGUAUUGUUAAAGAUAGUAUUAAUGUCAACGGCGACAAGAUUACGAAACGAUAUGAAGAAAAAAAAAAAAAAAAGAAAAAAAAAACGUUAUUUGUACACGAGUAAUAUCUCUAAUUCAUCGUGUUUGAAAUAAUGUACGAAUUUAAACGAUUCCGAUAUUAUACAAAAGCAUGAAGCGAAAAAAGCGUUAUUUCUACGUUGUGGCAUGAAAAAAAAAAAGAAAGAAAAAAAGAAAAAUGAUAGAAGUGCUAUUUUAACAAGAACUUUGGUGGUUUUAUUGCUAAUGGAGAGAACAUUAUAAAUUACCUUUUUUCCUUACAUGAAAUAAAA